UUCGAGCCGGAGACGUGGGGGGAGGGUCCUUAGUUCUUGUACAAUCUCGAAGGGUUUCUUGAGAGACCCGGAGGCCAUUCCUCUCUUGGUCCAGAAGACACUGAAGUCCGUAGAGAAGAAAUCUCUUGUUCUUAGGCUCCAAGUUGUGGGCAGACCAGCGCGGUAUUUCAUUUUACCUUCGUUUGAAUGUGGGACACACGAACUUACAAAUUUUUCCAUCAGGCUAGACGGAUUGUAUAUGGAAUGAGCCCGUCUUCUUGACCCCACCAACCUCAAAUAGUUUUUUUCCUAGCCCUAGAGCAAAGCUGGAAAAGAGGUUCCGAGAGCAAGGUCCCCAGAAUCUGGUUCCUGACUCUCCCAUUUGGGUGGAAGCUGGAGGAAGUCUGAUCUGGGGAACGAGAAUCCAGCGUUCUUCCCUUCCCACCAGCACAGAAGCCAAACACCAUCUGCCCUGUAGAUUUUUGACACUGAAGUCUUAGAUUCUUAAACAAGAGGAAAGCUGCCCGUGGGCUGUAGUGAACUGAGUUCUGUAAAGAAAGGGGCAUUCUCAGACCGAAGAUGCUGCAAAGGACCUGUAAUGCAUUGCAUUGUGUCCACCAAAAAUGUGCGUCAACUUGAUUAGGCCAUGUGUGGUUGUCCUCCAUUUUGUGAUUUUCCUAUGUGUUGUGGAUCACAAUCUCUGCCUGUGGUUAAAAGGAUUAGGGUGGGAUUGUAACACCACCCUUACUCAGGUCUCCUCCCUGAUUCAGUGUAAAGGGAGAUUCCCUGGGGUGUGGCCUGCACCACCUUUUUUCUCUCAAGAGAUAAAGGGAAAGGGAAGCAAGCAGAGAGUUGGGGACCUCAUACCACCAAGAAAGCAGCACCAGGAGCAGAGCGUGUCCUUUGGACCCAGGGUCCCUGCCCCUGAGAAGCUCCUCUACCAGGGGAGGAUUGAGGAUAAGGACUUUCAUCCAGAGCUGAGAGAGAGAGAAAGCCUUCCCCUGGAGCCGAUGCCCUGAAUUUGGACUUGUAACCUACUAGACUGUGAGUGAAUAAAUUUCUCUUUGUUAAAGCCGUCCACUUGUGGUAUCUGUUAUGGCAGCACUAGAUGACUAAGACAGACCUGGUGGACAUUCUGCCAGAAGAUUCCCCUUUGGGUCAGACUUUCCCAUGUAGAUUUAUUUUCUCUUCACCCUGGACAUCUCAUAAAUUCUAAAUUAUUUCUCCCACUCCUGAGUGAGUAGGGAAGGAGGAAGGGAGUUGGUCCUCAGGAUUUGUUCCUCUGGUAUCUAAUUAAGAAGGGAAAGUGAAACAUAAAGCCAGAGAGCUGAAAAUAGCUGCCUGAAGAAGACAGGAGCUUGUCUGUCAAUACACACAGGCUGAGCUUCUACACCCAAAGGGAUGGGCCCAGCAGAGGCCUUCCAGGAGGAGGGAGGAGAGAAUCCAAGAGGAAAAGGCUUGAUUUUCAGAUUUAUGAACACCUGCCCCAAGGAGCAAGGAAAGAGCACAAGAAACAAGCUCAGCAGUAGGCCAUGGCCUUGGAGGGGUCUUUAAGUGCUCUGCCGCUAUCUUUCCCAGCAAAGACUGGAAAAAAGAAAAUGUUGGCAGUUGCCAAGCCAGGGAAAAGCACAAGUAAAUUAGGUAGUAGGAUACAAGCCCCUUUGCAGGAACCCUGUCCAGGUUGUUAAUCAUUUUGUUUGUCUGUUUUUUAGGAGUGAGGGUUAUCAGAGUGAGAGGGAGAUAAGAUGCCAUCUGACAGAAGUGGUUGUUUUCAGGCAGGAGCAGAGGCCAGCCAGAGGUGAUAGUUCCUGCUGGACAAGACCAGUGUCUUCCCACCCCUACCCCCAGAGAAGCUAGUGGUAGAGCCUCUUAGAGCUCCACUGUCCAGUAUGGUUGCCACAAGCUGCCUGUGGCUGUCAAACACUUGCAAUGUGUUCAAUCGGAACUGAGAUAAGCUGUAAGUGUAAAAUACACAGCAGAUUUUGAAGACUUAGUAUGAAAAAAAUAAUGUAGAAUAUCUCAUUAAUAAUGUUUAUAUGUUAAUAUUAUAGGUUAAUAGAUUCUGGAUAUAUCAAGUUAAAUAAAAUAUAUUAUUAACAUGAAUUUCACUUGUGUCUUUUUACUUUUUUAAUGUGGUGACUAGAAUUUUUAAAAAUUAUAUAUGUGGCUGGCAUGGUAUUUCUAUUAGACAACCCUGGUCUGGAUUAGCAAACCUACACACAUGCAUACACACCCGUACAACCAAAACCGUUGCUGUCGAGUCAAUUCCAACUUAUAGGGACCCUAAAGGACAGAGUGGAACUGCCCCAUAGGGUUUCCAAGGAGCUCCUGGUGGAUUCGAACUGCCGACCUUUUGAUUAGCAGCUAUAGCUCUUAAUCAGUACACCACCAGGGUUUCCCACAUACACACAUAUGUGCAUAUUCAUAUAUUGCUCUCUCCAUUCCCUACUACUUCCUCAUUCAUUCUACUAUUUUCUUCUUGUGCUUCGAGAAUCAAACAAGCCUAGCUUGACUGAUCACCAUCCCGUGGUCCGAAUACCUCUGCAUAUGAGUAAGAGAGUCUACUUUUAUUUUCUUAACUAAAUCUUAGUGUUCACUAUCGCAUAUUUUGUUGGCCAGGGAGGUUAUCAAUUCUUUGUAUACUCUUAGAGAUUCUGUGGCAGAUGUCUCCACUCUGAAUUCAAUUAGUGAGGCUAGUAAGCAUUUGAUGACUAUUCACUCUGCCCACUCACAACACCACCACGUUUUGCUUUUUCUGGAAAAUAUACCAGCUAUUCAACAUUUCUCAUUUCCAGGAGCAGAGCUGUCCUUUUAUAAAGUCAAUAUUCUUUUAUGUCAGGCUGCUUAGCUUUGGGUGCAGAGGAAUAAGAAUGAGGGUAAGCUUAGAGGUAAUGGGCAGAGAAGUAUAUUGAAGAACCAGGACUUGGAAGCUCCCUUUUCUCUUGGAGAGAAAUCCCCAGUAUGAGCCUCUGAGUCAUAAGGUUGUUUUUCCAUCUUUAUCUCACAAGGCUCCCAUCCUCCAUGGCCUGAAGGAGCAUCACCCGCUGUCACCCAGCAAGGAAUAUCUCAUGAGAGCUCCCACCCCCUCUUCCCUAAACCCUGCCUCUCCUCUCAGACUGAAACCUUCAGCCUGGGGACCACUAACUCAGCAAGGGAUUGGAGGCAUUUUGCUGCCUGCAGCUGUCUCCCCAGUUACUGACUGGGAAGAGGAGCGAGAGGGAGUUCAUUAUAAUUCAUUUUUGUGAAUGUUUAAUAUUUCAAUUAAUAUGAUUAGCCCCAAGCCUGAAUGAGCAGGAGGGCGGCAGAUCUGCUGACAAGACACAGAGUAAUGAGAUCAACAGGGCCAUGGGGUCUUCCUAGGCUCCGUCCUCAGAGGGCACGAUCUGUUUAGCAUCUCCAUAAAUACCAAGAUCAGAUUAGAAGGCUAGAAAAGGAGUCGUGGGGGCGGGGUAGGUAAGUGGAAAGUUACUGUCCAGAUGUGUUUGCACCUCUUGAUUCCCUGGCUCUGCCAUCACCUCUUCUAGCCACUCAGCAUGGAAUCCUUGCCUCUUUUUUGUCCCCACCUAUCUUAUGGGAACUUACUGGGAGGGCCUGGGCAUCCAUACAAUGACGGGUAGUCAUGUCUACACACACACACACACACACACACACACUCAAACAUACACACUUGCCAGAAUGUGGCUCUAGGCCACGGAAACCUAGGCUAAAGAAGGAUGGAAAGUGGUCAAAAAGGAAUCCAGCAAUAGAAGGAAGGGCUCAAAUGAAGACACAGGAGGACGAAAACCCAGGCGUAACCACCCCUUCCCCCAUCCCCAAGAGGACUGUUUGAUGUAGGAGUUAAACAUGUGAGUCAGGAGCCAGAUUGCCCAGGCUUGACUCUCAGCUGAACCUCCUACUAGCUGCGUGACCUUAGGCAAGCUGUUUAAUCAUUCUGUGCCUUGGUUUCCUAGUCUUUAUUUGAACCUACCCUGGUGGCAUAGCGGUUAAGAGCUACGGUUGCCAACCAAAAGGUUGGCAGUUGAAAUCCACAAGAUGCUCUUUGGAAACUCUAUGGGGCAGUUCUACUCUGUCCUAUAGGGUCACUGUGAGUUCAGAGAGACUAGUCAGCAGCGUGCUUGGUGUUUUGGUUUUUCAUAAGGUUGUGGUGAGGGUUAAAAGAGUUAGUAAAUAUAAAGCACUUGGAACAAUGCCUAGGACACUGUAAGUGCCAUAUAUGUGCUGGCUGAUACUAUUAUUUCUCUUCCAGAAGAGGAACCUGCUUCCCGUGAUAGCUGAGGAAUGGCCAGUUGGAACAUAUUUAGAGAUGUGCCACAGUGGAGACGUCAGCCCUACUCUAGGGUGAAAGAGGGACUAACAGGGAACCCCAGUCAGUAAGCACUUUAUAGAAGACUAGGACUGCAGCUGCUGAGGAGGUUUGAUGAUAAUCCUGCAUUGAGGUGGGGCCAGGUGUGGGCCAAGUGCAUAGAGGGUCAAGCUCCCUCAGGUUAGGGAGUAGAUGAUCAUCCAAAGUAUUGUUUAGGGGAAUAGUAGCCCCCAAAUGUACUUCCCCCAUCCCUCUUUGCUGACUCAAAGAGCCCCACUCAAGGAACUCAACCAAAGGGAGAAGCAAAAGAAAGAGUAAUUGGGUUCCCUUUGCCCUGAAAGGGAGCUUGACAGCUGUGAUUAUUCCCAAGGAGUCAGGAAUCUCUACUUUUGUCAGAGAUUCUUUGCACGAACUGUUUAUUCCAGAAAUACUUGUUAAGCACCUACUACGAGUGAGCAACUGUGCUAGACACUAUGAACGAUGAAAUGCUGAAUUAAACGGUGUCCUGGUCUUCAAGGAGCUUACAAACCAGACACUCCCGCCGCCUCCACCGCCUCCCUGCCCACACAUUUACACACAAACCCCCAGAAGGAGAGAAGGGGAAGUCGGUAAAUGCCAGAAAGCUUUCGUUUUUGAUUCCUUUUCUGGAAAAUACACAGUUCCUCUCUGCACUCACCUCGUCCUCCUCUCACCUCCCCACCCCUUCCCGUUUUUCUGCUCUGGGUCCCUUCUGCCCUUUCCCCUCAGGCUCUAUGACCUGCUUCCCCUCUCGUCUACCCCCUCUUUUCCCCUCAAACUGCCCAUCUGUUCUUAGUCCAUUCUGUCUCCCCUAGUUUCUUUCCUUAGCUCCCCACUCUUCGCCUCCCUAAAUGCCGGGCUCUCCUCUCCUCCUCCCCCCUGCUCCCCUCUCCCGGGUCUUCUGUUCCAGCACCGGGGACAGCUCCAGCCCCCGGAACAAUGGACCCCGCCUUAGGGCUCCUCUAUAAAUUCUCCAUCUUAGUGCCUUGCCCAACUCCUGAUUGGGGAGUAAGAUGGGGGAAGGGUUAUUAUCAACAGGACUAGUUGCUCUUCUGGGGGCGGGAAGGGAUUCCGGGAGGAUGGAGAUAGAAAGAGGGCGUGGCUCUUGCCUGGAUUGUGCGUCCCUCUCCAGGGUAGAGAAUUUGUAUUCCACCCCUGAGACUGACAUCACUGAUGUCAGGGGAAAGGAGGUGGGAGUGGGGAGGGGGAUCUGGAGGGGGGAGGUUUUUGUUGAGGAGAGCGCGGCCAGAGAGCAGAGCUCCGGGACCCAGGGAUCUUCGGACCCAGCAGAAGGAUCAGCCACAGGGGAGGUGUCCUCCAGGGGAAGCCAACGAGAGACCCACCUGCCCCACAUCAGGAGUGGGCCCCCCUCACUGACGCUGCUGGCAACUAUAUCAGGCCCCUAGCCCCUCAGCCUCCAUCCCCAUCGCCCUCCUCCAGCCCUCUCCCCCACCUCCAGCUCUCUUCCCAGCCCCCAGUUCCCAGCCCUGUGAACUCCAGCCCUUGCUACCAUCCUGACCCUCCAGGUCUUGGCCACAACUGACCCCCAUCCUGGGAUAUUUGCCAAAUCUCUGAGAGGGAGAUCAUUUGUUCAGGCUAUGCCCCCUGGUGGCAUGACAGUGUCUGCCUAGCACCCUGACCCCCGGCCCUCAAUUCCCUCAGCCUCCUUUGUGUGGAAAGCCACCCCCUGAUCAGUGGUGUGGUUGGGGGCCAACGGGAAAGCCAGCCCCGGCUGUGCCCCUGGCCCCCACCACUUCCCUCCUUGCUGGGCAGCUCCCCUUGGCCUUUGGGCUUCUCCCUGCUCCCCUCGGCCCCUCCUGCUGGGCCGCCCCAAUGAAGGAGCCGGAUGCCAUCAAGCUAUUUGUGGGGCAGAUCCCGAGGCAUCUGGAGGAAAAGGACCUGAAGCCCAUCUUCGAACAAUUUGGUCGGAUCUUUGAGCUGACUGUCAUCAAGGACAAGUACACCGGGCUGCACAAGGGAUGUGCCUUCCUGACCUACUGUGCCCGCGAUUCAGCCCUGAAGGCCCAGAGCGCCCUGCACGAACAGAAGACUCUGCCAGGGAUGAACAGGCCGAUCCAGGUCAAGCCAGCCGACAGCGAGAGCCGUGGAGAAGACCGGAAGCUCUUUGUGGGGAUGCUAGGGAAGCAGCAGACAGAUGAGGAUGUGCGGAAGAUGUUUGAGCCUUUCGGGACCAUAGAUGAGUGCACUGUGCUCCGGGGCCCAGACGGCACCAGCAAAGGCUGCGCCUUCGUGAAGUUCCAGACCCACGCUGAGGCCCAGGCGGCCAUCAACACCCUCCACAGCAGCCGGACCCUGCCGGGUGCCUCAUCCAGCCUAGUGGUCAAGUUUGCUGACACGGAGAAGGAGCGAGGUCUCCGCCGAAUGCAGCAGGUGGCCACCCAGCUGGGCAUGUUCAGCCCCAUCGCCCUCCAGUUCGGAGCCUACAGCGCCUACACCCAGGCCCUGAUGCAGCAGCAGGCGGCCCUGGUAGCGGCUCACAGUGCCUACCUCAGCCCCAUGGCCACCAUGGCUGCAGUGCAGAUGCAGCACAUGGCUGCCAUUAAUGCCAACGGCCUCAUUGCUACCCCCAUCACCCCAUCCUCAGGAACCAGCACCCCUCCUGCCAUCGCUGCCACGCCUGUCUCUGCCAUCCCUGCUGCCCUGGGCGUCAACGGCUACAGCCCGGUGCCCACCCAGCCCACUGGGCAGCCUGCCCCUGAUGCUCUGUAUCCCAAUGGGGUUCACCCCUACCCAGCCCAGAGCCCCGCAGCCCCUGUGGACCCCCUACAGCAGGCCUAUGCGGGGAUGCAGCACUAUACAGCAGCCUACCCAGCAGCCUACAGCCUGGUUGCACCUGCGUUCCCGCAGCCUCCUGCCCUGGUCGCCCAGCAGCCUGCGCCGCCUCCUCAGCAGCAGCAGCAGCAGCAGCAACAGCAGCAGCAGCAGCAGCAGCAACAGCAGCAGCAACGAGAAGGCCCUGAUGGCUGCAACAUCUUCAUCUACCACCUGCCCCAGGAGUUCACCGACUCAGAGAUCCUCCAGAUGUUUGUGCCCUUUGGCCACGUCAUCUCAGCCAAAGUCUUCGUUGACCGCGCCACCAAUCAGAGCAAAUGUUUUGGCUUUGUGAGUUUUGACAAUCCGGCCAGUGCCCAGGCUGCCAUCCAGGCCAUGAAUGGUUUCCAGAUUGGCAUGAAGCGCCUCAAAGUUCAGCUAAAGCGGCCUAAGGAUGCCAACCGGCCCUACUGAGGGCCCCCAGGUCUGGAGAUGCCAGAGCAAGGGGAACCUCACCCCUCUUCCCACGACUGGCCCCGGCCCUCUGUGCACAUCUACCCUGGGCCUUGAUGGGGCUCUGGGGCAAAAAGCUGCUUCACAGACCUGGGGUCACAGGACACCCGUCCACCCCCACCACUCACCUCUCCUGAAGGCCCAUAGCUAUGCUUCCCUGACUCCAAGGGCCCGUUUCCUCCCAGGUGCCCUUUUGGCCUUUGUGAGGGAGCAAGGAACAGGCGGGAAGGCUCUGAGGUAGCUGCCUUCUGCUAGGGCUCCUGUGACGGGCUUCUGUGCCCAGCUUUUGACAUACUUGCCUCCCCCACUGGGGGGUCUGCUCUACCGUGCAGGCCCACGGGAGGGCAGCUGGGGUCUCCCACACACUCCUCACCCCACUGCGCCCCAGCCUCUUCCCCACAUUAGGGGUUUCUCAGAAGCUGGUUCUCACUCUCCUCCACCCUCAGCUAGAGGUAGACAUCCCCGAAUCCUGGGAUCCCAGCUCUAAAACUCACUGCCUCCCCCGAGGGCCCCCUCUCAGGAGGGUGUUGGGGAGCCCUGAGGGCUGCCUCUCUGCCCAUCAGCCACAGAGACCCGCCUCCUUUCAAGAGGAAAAGACCUCCCCCUGAACCCCUAAAAAUGUUUACAGUCUCUGCUGGUCCCCUCAUAUAAACACCACUACCACCCGUGCGUUACCAGCCGGCCCGGCCCGGACGCUGCCAUCUCUCCUUCUGGGAGUUUAGACCAUGUUUCCCUUGGGUUUUUCUCUCUCUUGAUUUCUCCCUUUGGUUUGGGGGGUAAUUGGGUAUUUGGGAGGAGGGAUGUGGGGAGGGCUGAAGGGGUUUAUUACCUGAUCGUUUUCUUUAGGAAGAAGUUUUAGGGAAAAGAAAAUGGGGUGGGGGUGGGGAUGGUAAGGGGCGGCUGGGGAGUCAGUUUCAGACAGUUCUCUAUGCUUAACUUAUUUAUUUAUUGCAUUUUACUUUUAAAGAGUUGGUCUUUUCUGUCUAAAUAAAGAAAAGUUUAAAAGCAUCAAGUCUUGGAAGGUUGAGGGUAGGGGGUGUGUGCAUCUGGGGGGAAGGGGAAGGGAGGGAGGUGAAAAGUGAGGCUUGGGAGAGAAAACUUUCAGGGAGUGUUCAAGCCUCGCUCACGACUCUGUGAUUUUAUUCUUCUACGCUUCUUUGGGGCUUAAUUCUGGAAUGCUCUGAAGAUCUGGGGGCCCUGGUGGCACAGUGAUUAAGCAUUUGGCUGCUAACCAAAAGGCUGGCAGUUCGGACCCACCAGCUGCUCCUUGGAAACCCUAUGCGGCAGCUCUACUCUGUCCUAUAGGGUCACUGUGUAUUGGAAUCAACUCGACAGCAAUGGGUUUGGUUUUUUUCCUGCAGAUCUGGGCACAGGGAAGGAAGACAACAGGGCCCUCUGCUCUGCUGCCUGUCCAUCUGAAGGCUGAGGAUUCGCAGUCUCACCUUCAGUACCUCAAUUUCUCCCUUGUUCAUGUACAUGAGUCACCUAGGCCAGAGGGGAUACUGCGAGCUAACUGUAACACCAUCAUUUAUUAAGCAGUUGCUCUGUGAGUCUGGGCUAGGCCAUUGACGUGCAUUUUCUCAUUUAACCUCCCAACAACCAGCAGGUUCAAUUUUAGAGAGAGAAAUGGAGGCUUUGGAGGUUAACUAACUUAUGCAGUCAUACAGGCUAGUAAGAUGGCUGCAGGAGUUGAACCCAGUUUGUCACGCUCCAAAGCCCAUAGUGCUCUCUUAUAGGUUCAACCACCUGUCCUUUGACCCCAAGAAGUAUCAAGCAGACUGACCUCAGGCUAGAGUCAUUUUGUGAGAGCUCCAAACCAAAAAACCAAACCCACUGCCAUCAAGUCGAUUCCGACUCAUAGCAACCCUAUAGGACAGGGUAGAUCCGCCCCAUAGAGUUUCCAAGGAGCGCCUGGUAGAUUUGAACUGCUGACCUCUUGGUUAGCAGCCAUAGCAUUUAACCACUAUGCCACCAGGGUUUCUGUGAGAACUCCAGGACUAGUAAAUCCCACAACUCUUACUUCCACCCCCUAUACUUCUGCCUUCUCUUAAACUGUCCCAAACUCAAGACAGUUAAAAAAGAAAAGCAACAUGUGAAGUACUAUGAAGACUUACCCUUGGACAUUGUUUCAGGGGGGAAAAAAAAAAAGCAUGUCUAUGGAUUGGUUGAGAUCAGGGAUGAGACCUUACUUAGGAGGCCCAGAUCGUCAGUCAGGAUUCUUAGCCAAAUACACAGCCAUCUGAAAUUUCAAUUAUGUAACGGCAUUUGUGUGUGUGAGGAGGACAAUAGGAGUCGGUGUUUAACAGCUAUAAAUUUUUUCCUAAACUGCCCCACUGUGGCCUCAGAAGUUUCUGGGUCAGGAUGGAAGGAUGGAGGGUGGGUUUUAGAUCAAAGCUUAUCUCCUGGAGUGAUUUACUGAUCCAUGGGCUCUCUCCUGGGGAUGGGGGUGGUGGAAAGGAGGGCUGGGAAGUCUCCUCCUUCCUGGCAUCUUCCCAGAUCUCCUACCGUCCCUUGGUGGGGCAGUCACUCAACUCAACAUUAAUGGCUACAUUUCGUCUGUCAUUGCUGCUUCCCCUACCCCACCCCCAAAGUUGCAGCCAGAUUUCUUCCAGGGAAGCAGCAGGUGAGUAAGGUUGGAAGAUGGGCAAGAAGGAAACACAGAGGAGUGUUUUGGGGGAAACAAGACAGCUUUUUGGCAGGGAUUCUCCAGACCCUUUGUCAAACCAUGGAGGCCACCUAAGAAAAGGAAGCUCCUAACUUGUUUCUUAUAUAGACUUUUCAGGCAUCGUUUCAGCUUCCAGUAUAGUAGGCAGGGUAUAAAGGAGGAGUUUUGUUAGCUACUGAAGCCUCACUAACAUCUCUUCUGAGCAGAAGACUCUUCAGAAAUAAAAUGGGACAGAAGAAACUAGGAAAUGACAGUGGGAUCCCCAAAUUUAAGCCAAGCAAGAUCAAAUUCAGCACCAGCUCCUUCGUCUAAGAUAAUCAGGUUACUGAUCAAAUGUUAAUGGCAGCAUAAAGAGAAGGAAAAUAACUUCUUAGGGCGUAAGAGUGGCAUUGACAAGCUAAUUGCAGAGACUGGAGAAGCCUUCCAGUUGUAAAAACAUUUUAAAAAGUAUCCUCGGUAAGAGGGACUAAGGUGAUAAGAAUAUGGCAGGAAAAAAAAAAAAAAAAAGACCCUUCAAUGCAUUCCCAUCUCCUGCCCAUUAUUUUGAGAGCUUUGGAACAGACAAAAUUAAUGCAGGGUGAAGAAGUUUCCGGGAUAAACUGAGUGCUUCAAAGGUCAGCGGAGCAAGGGCGGGGGUUUGGGGACUAUGGCUUAAGGGGACUUCUAAGUCAAUUGGCAAAAUAAUUCUGUUACGAAAACAUUCUGCAUCCCACUUUGAAAUGUGGCGUCUGGGGUCUUAAAUGCUAACAGGCGGCCAUUUAAGAUGCAUCAAUUGGUCUCAACCCACCUGGAUCAAAGGAGAAUGAAGAACACCAAGGUCACACGACAACCAUCAGCCCAUCAACCCAAGAGACAGAAAGGGCCACAUGAACCAGAGACUUACAUCAUCCUGAGACCAGAAGAAUUAGAUGGUGCCCAGCCACAACCGAUGACUGCCCUGACAGGGAGCACAACACAGAACCCCUGAGGGAGCAGUAGAUCCGUGGGAUGCAGACCCCAAAUUCUCAUAAAAAGACCAGUCUUAAUGGUCUGACUGAGACUAGAGGAAUCCCGGUGGUCAUUGUCCCCAAACCUUCUGUUGGCCCAGGACAGGAACCAUUCCCGAAGACAACUCAUCAGACAUGGAAGGGACUGGACAAUGGGUUGGACAGAGAUGCUGAUGAAGAGUGAGCUACUUGUAUCAGGUGGACACUUGAGACUGUAUUGGCAUCUCCUGUCUGGAGGAGAGAUAGGAGGGUAGAGAGGGUUAGAAACUGGCAAAAUCGUCACAAAAGAAGAGACUGGAUGGAGGGAGUGGGCUGACUCAUUAGGGGGAGAGUAAGUGGGAGUAUGGAGUAAGGUGUAUAUAAGCUUAUAUGUGACAGACUUGAUUUGUAAAUAUUCACUUAAAGCACAAUUAUUAAAAAAAAAAAAAGCAAGGUAUCUCCAUUUCCUUUGAGGUCAGACCCUGCAGUGGCUUGAGAGCCACGGCCUCUCUGACUUUCAGGGUUUCCUUCAUCUUUUAAUUCUUCUGCUAAAACUGCAAAGCCUUUCACAGCCCUGGAUUGUUGCAUUUGUGACUGAAGGAAUUUCCACUCAUGGCCAAGUCUCAUUCUCUUCUCCAAAUCUGAGAAUUUGAAUAGCCCUGGCCCAAGCUCCUAGUUCUUAUAAGAGCCUCAUUCUCUGGCCCUUCUUUGGGUCUAACUCACUGAGAAGUCAGUUUCCUCUUGUUCCCUAUAAAUGGAGUUUCCCUCCAGUAUUGCAUCCUGUCACCUGUUGGAUGAAAAUGACUCCCACAUACGUGUCUCUAACCCAAUUUUUCUCCUGCACUCAUUUUCAGUAUUACCUUUCCUUCCUCAAUCUUCCCCAUUAGUAAAUA